UCGCGGGGUGUUGUCUCCCCGCAGCGCCCGGCGGUGACGGCGCUUCCCGGGCGACGCCAAGACUUUGGUCUCCGCGUGGGAAUCGUGCCCGGCAUCACCGGCCGCGCCAGGUGGUCCCGGCGGGCUGAGGGGGCACCGCCGCCCGCCCCAUCCCUCGGCUGCAGCCAAAAUGUCCUUCUUCAACUUUCGUAAGAUCUUCAAGCUGGGCGGCGAGAAGAAGAAGAAACAAUACGAGCACGUCAAGAGGGAUUUGAACCCUGAGGAGUUCUGGGAAAUCAUAGGAGAGCUGGGCGAUGGUGCUUUCGGUAAAGUGUUCAAGGCUCAGAACAAAGAAACGAAAGUUCUGGCUGCUGCAAAGGUGAUAGAUACUAAAUCGGAAGAAGAACUUGAAGAUUACAUGGUGGAGAUUGAUAUUUUAGCAUCCUGUGAUCAUCCUAAUAUUGUCAAGCUCCUUGAUGCUUUCUACUAUGAAAACAAUCUAUGGAUCCUGAUUGAAUUUUGUGCAGGAGGAGCAGUAGAUGCAGUGAUGUUGGAGCUUGAAAGGCCGUUAAUAGAGCCACAGAUCAAAGUGGUGUGCAGGCAGACACUGGAAGCACUGAACUACUUGCAUGAGAAUAAGAUCAUCCACAGAGAUCUAAAAGCUGGCAAUAUUCUUUUCACAUUAGAUGGAGACAUUAAACUAGCGGAUUUUGGAGUAUCAGCUAAAAACACCAGAACAAUACAAAGAAGAGACUCCUUUAUUGGUACGCCAUAUUGGAUGGCUCCAGAGGUAGUAAUGUGUGAGACCUCUAAAGACAGGCCAUACGAUUACAAGGCUGAUAUCUGGUCUCUUGGCAUUACUUUAAUAGAAAUGGCUCAGAUAGAGCCACCUCAUCAUGAACUAAAUCCCAUGCGAGUGCUGCUGAAAAUCGCAAAAUCUGAUCCACCGACAUUGGCACAGCCUUCAAAAUGGUCAUCAGAUUUCAAAGAUUUUCUGAAGAAAUGUUUGGAAAAGAAUGUAGAUGCAAGGUGGAGUGCAACUCAACUUCUACAGCAUCCAUUUGUUACUGUUACUUCAAAUAAACCAAUAAGAGAAUUGAUUGCAGAAGCAAAGGCUGAAGUUACAGAAGAGGUUGAAGAUGGUAAAGAUGAGGAUGAAGAAGAAGAAACAGAAAAUUCUCUGCAGUUACCUGCAGAGAAACGUGCAUCCUCUGACCUUAGUAUUGCCAGCUCUGAAGAGGAUAAACUUUCACAGAAUGCUUCUGUCCUGGAAUCUCUCUCUGAGAAAACAGAAAGUAAUGCCAUUGAGGACAAAACAACUGGACAUGAAUCUGAGGACAUUAAAUUUAGGAAAACAGUUGAUAACAUACAUGAUACUCCCAUUAGUGAUGUGAAAGUGCAGAAUGGUUCUUUGCCAACUGGUGAAGAUGAGCAAGGCAAAAUGGUGCCAGCAGAAAAGAAUACAGAAAGCCUGGAAAAAAUGCAUGAGGAUACAGAACCUCAGAAAGGAGGUAAAGAACUUGAUGUGGGAAUAAAGAAUGAACCAAACUUAACAAUAGAGAAAGAAAAUUCCAUGGCAGUUGAACAGACAGAAGAUGACAAACUGAAAGUAGUACCUGUAACUGAAGGUAGGGUAGAGACUGAAGAAGGCAUUCAUAAGGAAACUGGUGAAAAAGAAGAGGAGAGGAGAACGGAUCUUUUGGAUGGUGAGGAAGAAAAGGUCCCUGCAGAAAACAGAGAUACAGAGCAACAGGAAGAUAAAAGUGGAGCUCAGAAAGAGGCAGUAAUAGAUACCAGUACAGAAACUCUGCCUAAUGCUACAGUUAAAGUGUCUGAUGAAGAAAAGGAACUAAUAAAGCAUGGAAUUGACAGCAUUAAGGAGAUAGGUGCUGUUGCUGAAACACCCAUCAGUGAUGGGGAUAAAAUACCUGAGCUGGAGGAUAAGCCAGUGGAAAGUCAGGCUAAGCAGGUCCAUGAGAUAAUCAGCUCUGAAGAAACUCUAUCAGAAAGCCAAGAUAAAGUGAUUGAAGUAGACAAGAAACUGGCAGAAAGUGAAAAUGAGGGUAUCAGUAAUAUAAACAGCACAGAGGAAACAAGGAUCAAAGACUCUGGAAAAGACAUCAUAGAUCAGAAGGCAUUACAGAACAAACCUGAGGAUAUUCCUGAUAAGCUGGUGGAUAAACUGACUGGAAUAGACCAAAAUUCAGGAGAGCACGGACCUGAGAAUAUGCAGGAAAACAACAUCCAUAUAGACAAAGAACAUCCAGCAGUUACCUCUGAUGAAAUAAUGAAGAAUAAGCUUCAAGAUGCUGUCAGUGAACAAGCUGAUGACUCUGAAGUCACUCCAGUUCCCAGUAUUAGCAUUAGCACUGAAGAAAAUGAGAAGGUCAAGACAGAUAAUCAAGGCAAUACUGAGACUUUACAGCAACUGGAAUCUGAGAAUUUGAAGGAAAAUGAUGUGGAUUCAGGCACUGGUUCUACAGCUGAUAACAGCAGCAUUGAUUUGAACUUGUCCAUUUCUAGUUUCCUUAGUAAAAACAAAGAGACAGGAUCGAUAUCUUUACAGGAAACAAGAAGGCAGAAGAAAACAUUAAAGAAAACUCGGAAGUUUGUCGUUGAUGGAGUAGAAGUGAGUGUCACCACAUCAAAAAUAGUUACUGAAAAUGAUUCAAAAAGUGAAGAAAUGAGAUUUCUACGACGUCAAGAGCUCAGAGAGCUGAGACUUCUUCAGAAAGAGGAGCAGAGAGCCCAACAGCAGCUCAGCAAUAAGCUUCUGCAGCAGCGAGAGCAGAUGUACAGACGUUUUGAACAGGAGAUGACAAAUAAAAAGCGACAGUACGAUCAAGAGAUAGAGAACCUGGAAAAGCAGCAGAAGCAGACGAUCGAGCGCCUGGAGCAGGAGCACACAAAUCGCUUACGGGAUGAAGCGAAGCGCAUCAAGGCUGAGCAGGAGAAGGAGUUGUCCAAAUUCCAGAAUGUGCUGAAAAACAAAAAAAAAGAGGGUGUUGCUCAGGUUAUGAUUCAGUCUUUUCAGUUGUCUUCAUGUACACUUUUCAACGCACAAAUGCAGGAUGAGCAGGAGUUUGUGCAGAAACAGCAACAAGAACUGGAUGCAUCUCUGAAGAAAAUAAUUCAGCAGCAGAAGACAGAACUGGCCACUAUUGAACGAGACUGCCUCAACAACAAACAGCAGCUCAUGAGAGCUCGUGAAGCUGCAUUCUGGGAGCUGGAGGAGCGGCACCUACAGGAGAAACACCAGCUUCUCAAGCAGCAGCUCAAGGAUCAGUACUUCAUGCAGAGGCACCAGCUGCUUAAGAGGCAUGAAAAAGAAACAGAACAAAUGCAGAGGUAUAAUCAACGCCUUAUAGAGGAGUUAAAGAACAAGCAAACUCAGGAAAGAGCCAGACUGCCUAAAAUCCAGCGAAGUGAAGCAAAGACUCGGAUGGCCAUGUUUAAGAAAAGUUUAAGAAUCAAUUCAUUUGCGUCUCCAGACCAAGAUCGUGAAAAAAUUAAGCAGUUUGCUGUUCAAGAAGAAAAGAGGCAGAAGAAUGAGAGACUGGCGCAGCAUCAGAAACAUGAAAACCAAAUGCGGGACCUUCAGUUGCAGUGCGAAGCAAACAUCAGGGAACUGCAUCAGUUACAGAAUGAAAAAUGCCAUCUACUGGUUGAGCAUGAGACUCAGAAGCUAAAAGAACUGGAUGAAGAGCACAGCCAAGAACUGAAGGAAUGGAGAGAAAAGUUAAGACCGAGGAAAAAGAUGCUGGAAGAAGAAUUUGCCAGAAAACUGCAGGAACAGGAAGUUUUCUUUAAAAUGACUGGAGAAUCCGAAUGCCUUAAUCCUUCCACACAAAGCCGGAUUUCCAAAUUCUACCCAAUCCCCAGCCUUCACUCCACUGGGUCAUAACUCUGGGAACUUCUGUAGGUUUUUUUGUGUUUGGAAUUCUCCCUCCUUAUGGUCUAACCUGACUUAUCCGCAGCAUAUGAACAUCGGGGACCUCACUUGUCUUGUUUUCAGUGGAGACAAUCAGUGUCAGGAGUGGUUUCUUCACUCCCCUGAACAGAAGAAACAAACCGAGUGUUGGUGUACAAUGGUAUUGUUACAUCCUUCAGAUGUUUCAAGACUAAGUGGGCUUUUUCUCCCAGUCUCUAAAAGUACGUUACCUACAGUUUUGACUUUAAGCCUGAAAUAUUAAUUAUGCUCUUUCUCAUCACAAAAGAAAUGGUUUCUCAUCUGAACAUUUAAACAGUGUAAUAUUAGUUCUGCUACUGUGUUUUUAAGCAUCAGAUUUCUCCACGAGAGAAUUCCACAAUUGAAACUGUCAUGAGAGGUUUAAAAUUUCAUAAUGUGAGUAGUGUCUUCAUGGCAAGGACUGAAACUAAUUACUGAGAACAUGCCAGUAAUCAGAAAAACAAACCCUUAUGUUUAAACACCAUUGGCAAAAGCCUUUGCAACUUCUUUCAAAAGAAACCUCUGGCAUAAAUUAAACUUAGCUUAUCUCCAUGACAUGUUUUGUCCAUUAGUUCCAUAAUGAAAUGGGGUGCUAGUUUAAUUAAUACAGUGCCUGAAACACUUAGAUAUGCUGAUCCUGGCAACAGGAUACUGUUUUGUCAUUUAAAAACACAAAACUCCUUAGCAUUGUUGUUACUGUACAAAACAAGAUUUCUUGCUGCUACUGCCAUUUUUGUUGUAAAUCCUCACCCUAAAAUAUUUUGCACUAAAAUAUGUAAAGGUGAAAGAAAUGCUAACUUUAAAAUGCACAGUUUAUUAUUUUCUUUAGCUAUUACAUACAGGUGGUUAGUUCUACAAAUUGAAAAACUGUAGAAUGUAUUUUUUAGAAAGCGGUGUGCAAAAUGCACGUGGUUUCUCUUAACUGUACCUGGAAUGGGUAGAGCCAUUGUUCUGUUCUUACCAAAGCCCAUUUGAACUCCAUCACAGAAGUGGAGGUGGAUGGUCAUAUUUAUAAAUAACCAUGGUUAAAGUCUGAUUUCACUAGAAAUGUUAGAUUCCUUUCUUUUUUUUUUUUUUUAAUUUUAGUAGUUUUAUUUUAAGGAAAGAUUUAAGUUAAAUAUAUAGACCAACUCCUUUAUGAAGCUGGGUGUUUUGCUUUUGUGUUGCCACCUACUAACCUAGGCAGGUUUUAUUUUUCGAUGUACCAUAAGUUAUUUACCUGACUGAUCGGUAGUGGGAAAUCUGAACUGUCUCCUAUAGCAGGGUAGGGAAAUACAGCUGUAUUAGGUCACUGCACUCCUUUUGGUGGAUAGAGGUUGAGUCAUAUCAAGACGGUGUUAUAAGCUGUACUUGGGUAUGUGGGAGCUCCAUUUGUAAAAUAGUAUUUGCUUUCUGUCUUUUGAGGCCUGACUUCCUCUGAUCUCUUUGGGCAUCAACUGCACCUGUUUUGUUUUGCUUGCUUGCUUUGACCCUGCAACUGGUGCCCAUUCCAUGGCGUUCAUUUUAUGGGAACAGUGUUGCUGCAUGGCAGUGAACUCAAAAAUUAACGUAGGACUUAAAUCAGCUGUGGUUGAAACCUCAGAUGCUGAAAUCCUUGGACAUUGAACUGAUACCUUCUCAAUGAAGACACUUAAUUUACAGCACAGUAAAAAGAAAAUUGGAAAAUGCAUGUUUUAAUUUAAAUUUUGUAACUUUUUGAUAGCAUAAUUACUUCAAUAGAUAGCCUUAAUUUCUGGCAUCUUAUUAUUUUAAAUGUGUAUUGUGUACUGUUGUAAAUUCACACACCAUAUCUCUAAAAUGUUCUGUUGCUAAAUGCAAUGUUUUUUAAAUUGUUUGUUUAGUAGGGAGAAAAAAGACUUUGAAGACCACUGGCUUUUUAAGCUCCACCUUCAUAAAUUGUCUGUUACUAAGAUAACAUUAAACAAUCUUCAUCUCUAUUUAACAGGAUUUGUUUGCAAUUUCAUAUGAAAUAGGCUCAGUGCUUUGCCCGGGGAGUAGUCAGGGCAGGCAGAUUUCCUCUUCUGGAAUAUGUCUACAUUCAUCCCAUUCAUCUACAUUAAAUCCUCACAGGGAAAUGUUAAUAAUCUUCUCUUUACAUUUUUGGUAGUUCCAAUGAUACAUUGCUAAUAUGUAUUGGCAUUCUGUUUACCUCCAUCUGUAUCUCUUACAUCUUUUAUUUGAAGAUCCUUUUCACACAGGCCCUGCAAUCUGAUCUCAUUGUAAAUUGCACAAAUAACUGUAACUGAGCUCUUGGAUGAAGGGAGGGAUCAGAUGUGGUGAUGGAAGCCUUGCUUAGGUCUCCAGGUGGGGAGCCCUGUGAAGCACUUGUAGCCUUGUGAAUUGGGCUGAGAAUUGAUAGCAAGCAUGAAAAUAUAUUUUCUGAGUGAUAACAAGAACUAGUGUGGGUACUUACACAUCUAUACUGAUAAAAUUUGGUUUAAGUGUUACAGAAUGUCAGAGAGCUGUUACAAUAUUGUAUCAGUGUCAGAAAAUUCAGUUCAAAUUAAUUUAGUCUCACAUAGGCUUAAAAGAUGUCUCCUGAGAUGUGAAAUGCAAUCUCGCUACUAUCUUAUGUCACCUCCCUAAUGAAUGGUAGCAGCUCCAUCUCCAGGGUGGUGAGGUGUCUUCUGCAGCCAAAACAAUGUACUUACAAAUUCUUACUGUUUGGCAGAUCUUAUUGUCUCCACAUGCUCUUCCAAAGCUGACCACAAAUCAGUAUUUGCUCACCACUGUGUUUUACUACACUGUAAAUUCUGUCCACAGGAAAAUGAGCAAAGGCAAUAAAUCCCUGAAUUGCAGUGCUGUGUGUGGGUUGUCCUCCUGUGUUUACAGCUGAUCCUCACAGAAAACCUGUCUGCAGGGCCUCAGCCUCACACCAUGUGCUUUCUGAGCUCUGAAAGUGCAUUUUGGCACUGCUUAUGGCAUCCAGGGAGAUCUGGGGCUAAAAGUCUUUGGGUGCACCUGCUGCCCCUGUUUAUAGGAGAUGCUGGCUGAAGAGGGGCUACCAACUCAAGGGAAAAUGGGCUGUGGCAGCUCUCGAUCUUCUGAAGUUCCAGGGGAACUUUGCUGUUUAUUUUAUGAAGAAGAAAUACUCCAGCAUUUGAUUCCCUCUGAUUCCCAUAAAACUAACUUUCCUUCUUCAAGUACUUUGCUGUCUCUGGUGUAUACACAAGAACCAUAUACAGCAUGUAAAGAUAUGCUACUGAAUGAUUGAUUAUGUAGAUCCUGAUUUCUAAAGACUUGAAGGAAAACCUUUAUUUGAAUUGGCACCUGAAUUCAAAUUCCCUCGUGUCAGGGUGGCACUGUCCAGACCGUCAGCAUUCACUCGGAGGGAUUUUUCACAUCACAUUAAAAACUGAUGUUCAGUCUGAGUUGCAUCCUUUUUUCCAGGUACUCUUUUAAGCUAAUAAUCUUAAAAUUGCAUUUAUGUGUAUUCAAUAUCUAAUGAAUCACACAGUUAAAGAAAUUAUUCUUCUGUCCCAGAGGACUUCAUGAUAAUUCCAUUCUACUGAAUUAUUUUCCUUAAAAAUUGGAAAUACAGCACCUUAACUAAGACCUAAGCAAAGCAGCAAUGAAAUUGCUUUUGCCACACCAUGUCUUUUGUGACAGCAGUAUCACACAGGAAGUUGAUUCUCCAGCUGAAAGAGUUUAUCUGCCUUGCAAGUACUUCAGUCUUGCUUUGGUAUAGGAAAGAUUCAAGUAAGGUCUUUAACUCCAGGCACUUAAGUCCACUUUUGGGCAGCCUGAUUUUCAGAGUGGUUGUGCAGCUGCAGCUCCCAGGACCUCAGAAAUACGUUUUUGCUGAAAACUGAAAUGUACAAAUGAGCUCAGUGCUAGUUGCUUCCACUGAUCUACUGCUUCUUGGAUUAUCUGCUGCAGUGAAGAGGGGCAAGUUUAAGGACAGUGACUUGUUGUUGGAGAAAAGGGUGGGGGGAGCGUUUAGGACCAUCAUUGUGUCAGUAAGUUAUGUUAGCAUUUACACUCUGGUCAUUUUACAUCAAAAUCUGUACUUCUGGAUUUCUGAAACUUCCUUGCAUUGAUGUGUCCAUGCAAAUUUCCCAUUCCCAGACUACUUCUGCCAUCUUCACAGCAGUUGGAUUAGUAGGAUUAGUAGAUAGAAGUUGGAUUAGUAGGUUGAAGUAGGAUUAGAGAGAAUUAACCUUCCUUGUUCACAGGCAAGCCAAGGUUAGGAUGCCCCAUCAUUUCUCAGUCUUGAGAAAGAUGAGAACAGGUAAAGGGAAGGUGAAGACAAAGGACAUUACCGUGUUUCUCUACAGAACUUUUACUGGUUCUGCAUCCCCUUUUUCCAGCUCAGUCCCUGUGCUUUUUUUCUGUAGCUCAUUUGCACAUCUGGUGUUUGGGCAAUCGGUGGUGCCAGAGGAAAGCCCUUUAAGCACAAACAUGCUCAAGCCCAACCCACAAGAAAGGGCUCAUGUGCUUUCCCUGUACUGAAAGCAGAAGGGAGUGGGUGAGUCCAGGAUGUGAUUUAACAGUCUUCCACAUUUGCAUUUAGGUGGUAAAGCCUCUUUGGUAAUGAGAAUCAGUCCUAAAAUGGUGGAAAGAACAGAAACUAGGAAGGGACAUUUAGUGGCUUCUAAUAUUGAACUGUCACCCCAUUUUCUGUCAGGAAGCCAAGCAGGCUUCACAAGAGCAGGAGCAUCCUGUGACAAAACACGCGCCUGAGGCACUGCCGGCCUUGUGUUUUCCCAGCAGUUUGUUGAAUGUUUUGUGUUAACUGCAAACCAAGUUAUUUUUGCCUUACAGAAAGCAACCAAAAAUCAUGAGAUGGAUGAAUAAUUGGCUAAGGGUCUCUGUACAGCUCAUGGAAGUGAACUUGCAGUAGCAGUCAUACAACAGUUUUGGGGUUUUUUUUGUCUUGUUUUUCAAAGUAAUUUGAUUUCAUGGCUUUCUGUAGAAUAUUGUAAUAAUUCUGCUGUAAAUACAAUAAAAUCACAGUUUGCUGA